UGAAAGGUUACAGUUUCUCAGCGGUCACUCAGCAAUGGCGGCGCCCAGAGUCACUUCAGGUUUACAGCGAGUACUGCUCAUGUUGAAGAAUGUCCAUUUUAAAUCAGGGUAUCACAUUGUUGCAUCUCGAAAACAAUACUCAACAGUUUAUGAUCCAAAUGAGAAGACAUUUGAGAAAAUACUUAUUGCCAACAGAGGGGAAAUUGCUUGUAGGAUUAUUAAGACAUGUAAGAAGAUGGGAAUCAAAACUGUUGCAGUUCAUAGCGAUGUCGACUCCAGUGCUGUACAUGUAAAAAUGGCAGAUGAGGCUGUAUGUGUUGGCCCUGCCCCCACGAGUAAAAGCUACCUCAACAUGGAUGCCAUUAUGGAAGCCAUUAGGAAAACGAGAGCUGAAGCCGUUCAUCCAGGAUAUGGGUUUCUUUCUGAAAACAAAGAAUUUGCCAAACGAUUGGCAGCAGAAGGUGUCACCUUCAUUGGACCAGACACACAUGCUAUUCAAGCAAUGGGAGACAAGAUUGAAAGCAAAUUAAUAGCCAAGAAUGCUAAGGUCAACACCAUCCCUGGCUUUGAUGGGGUGGUCAAGGAUACUGAUCAAGCUAUCAGUAUUGCAAGAGAAAUUGGCUACCCUGUCAUGAUCAAGGCCUCAGCAGGUGGCGGUGGGAAAGGAAUGAGGAUAGCCUGGAAUGAUGAAGAGACCAGAGAGGGAUUCAGAUUUUCUUCACAGGAAGCUGCCUCAAGCUUUGGAGAUGAUCGCCUGUUAAUAGAAAAGUUUAUUGAUAACCCUCGACACAUUGAAAUUCAGGUUUUAGCUGACAAACAUGGUAAUGCCCUAUGGCUGAAUGAACGAGAAUGCUCCAUUCAAAGAAGAAAUCAGAAAGUUAUAGAGGAAGCGCCCAGCACAUUUCUUGAUCCAAACACACGUAAGCAAAUGGGAGAGCAAGCAGUGUCUUUGGCAAAAGCAGUGAAGUAUUCUUCUGCAGGAACCGUGGAAUUCCUGGUGGAUUCACAGAGAAACUUCUACUUCUUGGAAAUGAACACUCGCCUUCAGGUUGAACAUCCCAUCACAGAGUGCAUUACUGGACUGGACCUGGUCCAGGAAAUGAUUCGCAUUGCCAAGGGAUACAAACUGCAUCUGAAACAGGCUGAUAUUCCAAUUAAAGGCUGGGCUAUCGAAAGCAGAGUAUAUGCAGAGGAUCCUUACAAAUCAUUUGGCCUGCCAUCCAUUGGUCGUCUGUCACAGUAUAUUGAACCUCUAAAUCUGACUAAUGUUCGAGUUGACAGUGGAAUUAAAGAAGGAAGUGACAUUAGCAUUUAUUAUGACCCAAUGAUCUCCAAGCUGGUUACAUAUGGUUCAACACGAGCUGACGCUUUACAGCAAAUGGUGGAAGCUCUUGACAAUUAUGUUAUUCGAGGAGUGACACAUAACAUAUCUCUGCUGAGAGAAAUUCUUGUUCAUCCCCGUUUUGUAAAGGGAGACAUCAGUACUAAAUUCCUUCCAGAAGUUUAUCCAGAUGGAUUUAAAGGCCAUCAGCUAUCUGAUAAUGGAAGAAGGGAGCUUUUAGCGACUGCAGCUUGCUUAUAUGUUGCAUUACAGCUGAGAUCAAGGAGAUUCCUUGGAAAUCAAAGAGUCUCCACAUCCCACAAAGAGCAGAACAGGUGGGAGCUGUCACUGAAUCUGGACAAAGACACUCAUGUAGUCACAGUUUUUAGCACCGGAUCCUUAUUUACAGUGGAGCUUGAUGGAAAGAGGCUCAAUGUGACCAGUGAAUGGAACCUUGCAUCUGCUUUGUUACCUGUCACAAUCGAUGGCACCCAGAGGACCAUGCAGUGUCUGUCUAGAGAUGCUUCAGGAAAUGUCAGCCUUCAGUAUUUAGGCACAGUGUUUAAAAUCCAAGUGCUCAACAGAAAAGCGGCAGACCUCAACAAACACAUGCCAGAGAAAGUCCCAGAAGACAGCGGUAGCAUCCUGAGGUCACCAAUGCCUGGCUCAGUGGUAGCCGUCUCUGUCAAGCCUGGUGAUAUGGUGUCAGAAGGGCAGGAAAUAUGUGUAAUAGAAGCCAUGAAGAUGCAGAACAGCAUGACAGCUGCCAGGACAGCCAAGGUGAAGACCGUGCACUGUAAAGCAGGGGACACAGUUGCAGAAGGAGACAUUCUCAUUGAGCUAGGAAUGGACUGACUUUGGCCACUUCGAGUCAUUACUGAACUCGUAAGCAAAUCUCGAGUUGCAGCACUGAAAACAUUCCCUUUUAGUCAAAUUGUACUUUUUACAAUCAAGCCCACGUGAGAAACACUUUCAACAUCUUCCCUCUUUUUACUGUUGUUAUUAAUCGAUACAAAGUAAACACACUGGGUAUGGUUUUCAAAUUUCAAGCUUUACUUUUAAACCAUUACAUGACAAGUCACCAUUCGAAUGGAGUGGUCCUGCAUUAAUGAUUGCGAUAACAUUGUAAUCCUAACUUCGCCUUUCUAAAGCACCCACUCUUUUGUAGAAUAGAGGGAAAGAAGAACUCCCACAAUACAUUGGCAAAGGUGCUGUUACACCCUAAAUUCAGCUGGCCUAUAUUAAAAUCUGAUAAAAAACUGCA